CUUUGAAGUCAGCUGUCAACAAGAAAAUCUAACCUAGAAUUUGCAAGUUUCCUUCUUUUUACAAUCGUCAGCUUUAUAGAAAUAAACAAUUUCCAAAAUGCCACCGAAAAAGGAUGCAAAGGGUGGAAAGGAUAACAAAGCGUCUGGAAGCAAAAGAGGUGGUGCCGCAGCCGGUGAAGAAAAAGGUUCUACAGGUAAGGAAAAGAAAGGCGGAAAUGCAGUGAAAGUGCGGCAUAUUCUGUGCGAAAAGCAAGGAAAAAUAUUAGAAGCCCUUGAAAAGCUGAAAGCUGGCCAAAAAUUCCCCGAAGUAGCGACGGCUUAUAGUGAAGAUAAAGCGCGACAAGGUGGCGAUUUAGGUUGGCAAAUUCGUGGUGCCAUGGUAGGACCUUUCCAAGAUGCAGCUUUUGCUUUGCCCAUAUCGAAUGUGAACAACCCUGUUUAUACAGAUCCUCCCAUAAAGACGAAAUUUGGCUAUCAUAUUAUUAUGGUUGAAGGAAAGAAAUAAAAAAAAAAAAAACAGAUUAAAGCUGUAAGCUUUCGUUGAUUUUGAAUUGAUUUUGUAUUAAAAAAAUUAAUUUUUAAUUACACAAUUUAAUAAAUACACUUUUAUAAGUUA